AUGCCUUGCUUUCGCGGAAUUGAUCUCUCAGUCGUCUCGACGGCAGACUGCAGGGCCUUCCCAGAGUUCCCGCACCCAGACGGCUCAUCAGCCAGGUUCGGUGGGUUGAAUGCUGACCGGAAACACAAGAGCUCUGUCUUCCUCAGUCCCAGACCCCAGGCAGAGGUCUGUGAGGGCACGAAAGACGACGUUCAAAAGGUCACUCCCAGAAUUUCCGUCUAUAUUCCAUCUGCACCAGAUACAUGCUUCUACAUACAGUACAGAAUCAACCAGCUACCGAUCGGCCACAAGUAUCUCUUUUUCAAGGUGCACAUAAACGGCCGCCAGAUAGUUGCCUGGGGCAUCAAUCUGCACAAGACGACGUCGGGAGCUACCAAUCAGGCCCUCUUUCAGCCGUCUGAGCAUUACCAGUACAACGAUGAUGGGGUUGUGAUCGCGGAGCCGGGCAUCGAAUCGAGGUGUUUUCUGUUUGUACCCAACGCCUCGGGCACGGCAGCAUCUGUCGCGGAAGACGGGGGCCUCAUUGAGAUUCAGGUGUUCAGGGCAAAGACCAGGAGGAGACGUGCACCACGGCUGGAUAAAUGCCUCGUCAGCAACGGCCUCUUGGAGAACCCGCACCUGGCAGACUACUACGACUAUCAUCUGGCCGAUGCCAGGGACUUGCCAUACUCGUCCUUUCUCUUUCACUACCGCUCGUGGGACAACCUGAGACAGCUGCAGCUUGCUCCACCGGAACGACCUGAAUUUCACUGGCCAGACUCGCCCUACAACGUGGAGUUUAGAGAAGAUUUCAAAAAACCAGACAGAUCAGGCAGCCAGAAAGCUUGA